GAUUUGAAGGUUAGGUUAUAAAAAAAAUUUUUUAUGAUGCGUAUUUCUGCAUCAUGCUUUCAACUUCAUAAAGAAUUUCAAUGUAUGCUUCAGAGUUGAUAGAAAAUUAUCAAUAUCUAACGUGCACGACUGGAUGAUAGAAAUGGUCAAAAGAAAGUCAAGAAAUCUUCCAGACGUAGGAAAAAUCGAAAUAGAAGAUUAUUCAUUCUCUUAUUAUGAUGAAGACACUCGUGAUAUAAUAUUUGAACCCCGUGUAUAUCAUCAAAGAUAUCAAAGAUCAUUUGAUAUACUCAUCAAUCCACGAUGGAGAAAAGAUAUAAAAAUAAUUACUGAAUAUGGAUGUGGCGAAUACAAGUUAAUGAAUUAUUUCAAAUAUUUUUUAAGUCUUAGAAAAAUUAACUUCGUAGAUAUUGACGCUAAACUCCUUAAAGAAAAACUUCCUUUUAUUAGAAUGUGCGAUUAUCAUUAUUCAGAAAGAAGAUUUAAUCCAUUGCAAGUUACUGCGUUUGAAGGGAGCAUUUCAGAUCCUGAUGACAGAAUACUUAAUUCAGAUGUGGUGAUAGGUAUUGAAAUAAUUGAACAUUUAUAUCCCGAUACAUUAGAGGCUGUUCCAUAUGUCAUAUUUCAUAGUGUUAGACCAAAGAUAGUUAUUUUUACAACUCCUAAUGCAGAUUUCAAUGAGGCUUUACCAAAGUUCAAAGGAAUACGUCAUCCAGAUCACAAAUUUGAAUGGACUAGGCAGCAGUUUGAAUCGUGGGCAUUGAAUAUAAUAUUACGUUUUCCCGAAUAUGAAGUUUCAUUCUUUGGAGUUGGUAAAGGUCCAAGUGGAACUGAACAUCUUGGCUGCUGUUCACAAAUGGCUCUUUUCUUGAGGAAGGACAUAUCAGAUCAAAUAAAUCGCCUACCUUUGUUGAAAUGUUGGUGUGGCAAACAUUAUCAAGGUGGACCAAAUUGUCUAAUGUGCCACCCACUGAUACCUUUUGGAAUAUGUUCCUACAUGACUAAAUCAAAAAAAUUUGAAAAUAUUGAAGAAAAUUAUCUGAUCUUUUAUAAAGAAAUACAUUCUGUUGAUUUCCUAUACAUAGAUGACGAUAGAAGAACUGAUGAGGAGAAAUUAAUGGAAAUAAUGAUUUGUAAUAUGAAUCAUGAGAUACUUUAUGGAGAAAAAAGUUGUUAUGUUCCAUUAUAUAAGAUUAUCAGUACACAACAAUUUGGAGUUUUAAUCUCUGAAGAAGAAGCAGCGGAGAUUCUAAGGAAUUAUGGUUUUCUUGUACAAAAACAGUUUGUUAAGGACGAUAUAGGACCAGUUGUUUCAGAAGAAAAGUUAUGUGUACAAUAUAUUGCAGAUGAUGAGAUAUGAAGGUAUGAAUCUCUAUACCUUGAAUUCUAUUCAGUGAAGUGGGAUUGUCAAAAAUGAUUGAAAUUUUAAGAUUGAUUCAAAUGUGAUCAUUUCAAAUGAUAUAUUAUAUAAUUGCUUCCAUUCAAUUGUUAUCACUGCUUAAUUGUUAGUUAUAUAAUAUAAAACUGAUGUUAUUAAAUAUGAAUUACUUUUCAAAUUCAAUUUUUAUACAAUAAACUUAUUACCAUUA